AAAGACGUCGCACGCGCGCCGGACGCCGACGACGAGCGUCUCUCUCUUUUUCUCGCUCGUACAGGAUUCUUCUUGAGGCAAGAGAAAGGAGCUGCGGAGUCGCCCGGAGCAGAGGAAGCGGCGGAGCAGAGAGCGCGAGACCGCUUGAGAGAAGUGGAGGGGGAAAGAUCGGGAGAAGAAAAGAGAGAGGGUCCGGUGGGCUGGUACCCAAGGUUAUGGAGGUGGCCAAGGAGGUGGGACUCUGGAGCUCGCCCUCUUUGCUCGAUUCUCUCUCUCUCUCUCUCUCUCUCUCUCUCUCUCUCUCUCUCUCUCUCGCUCUCGCUCUCGGCCGGCGACUCUGUCAAGUGUGCGCGUAGGCAGUCACGGCUCGACCGUAACGCUAACCGGCCAACUUCACCAACACCAUCUCCCUCUCGCUCGCUCGAGGGGGCAGCAGUGGCAUUAGCCUACUAGUCUCUUGUGAUGUGGAGAGCGACUGACCGCACGAGGGGCUUCCGCAGUUGAGCGACACCAUGUGACAGAGCCGGUCGGAGCCAAAGGAGAGAGAGAGAGAGAGAGAGUGAGAGAGCGCGGUAGGGCAAGUUCCUCAUCCGAGAUUAGGAGAACGACACAGCUGAGUGCGCGAGACGCAGGUGCCGAUCCUACGACUACAGCGGUGUGCGAAUCGGUUCGCCAGUGUCGUGUGAUCGAGUGCCGUCAACAGGUGCGAGCCCGAGGACUACUGCACGUUCGCAUCCGACCUGCGUGCACGCAGGGUUUAUACGAGCCAGAGACGCGAGUGUUCGGCGCCGACGAGCGCCAGGGAUUUCGAUGCGUUUUCGAGGAGCAUAAGUGACGUUUUGCAAGACGAGUGAAGGUGCGCGUUUAUGUAUUUUUGUGAUCCUCGCUGCGCGACGCAUAGGCGCGAGGCUUUUGCGAGGAGCGACGCAGGAUCGACGGAUUUUGGAGAACGCGCUGCUGCUCAGCAGGGAUCGUCGUUCGAGGCGACGCUUUCAUUUGAAACAGAGAGUCGGCGUUGAUCAUCGAGACGAGCCAAGAAGCAGCAGCCAAGAAUCGGGAAGCGAGCCGGCCUCUGGGAUCCGGUCAGUUGCAUGGAAGUGCAAGGGCGGAAGGAGUCACAGGCUAUCGCUAGGAGUCUAGGCGGAGGCGACGAGCGUCAUCAGCCGCAGCGCCAGCAGCAGCACUCGGAGGGACAGUCCGAGGGAAAGUAAGGGCAGCGGAGGCGCGCGCCGAAGGAUGUCGUGCAGCGCCGCGGAGGAGAGCCCCGACGGGAUGGCCGUACAGUCACACUACUCGCUCAGAUGGAAUAACCACCAGACGCACAUACUGCAGGCCUUCGAGGCGCUGCUCCACGCCGAGGUGCUCGUUGACGUGACACUCGUCUGCGCCGACCAGAGCCUCCGAGCGCACAAGGUCGUGCUCAGCGUCUGCAGCCCCUUCUUCGAGCGGAUAUUCGCCGAGCACCCCUGCAAGCACCCCGUGAUCGUGCUGAAGGACUUCCCGGGCCGGGAGAUCAUGGCGCUGAUCGACUUCAUGUACCGCGGCGAGGUGCGCGUGGGCCGCGAGGACCUGCCCGGGCUGAUACACGCCGCGGAGAGCCUGCAGAUCCGGGGCCUGGCCUCCUCGGAGCCGCGGCUGGCCACCCCGCCGAUCACGCCCACGACGGACGUGCUCAUGCAGGAGCCCGCGACGCCCGAGCCCGCCCGACAGACGCUCAGUCCUCGGGAGGACGAGGAGGAGAUGUCCGAGUGCGCGACACCCUCGUCGAGCGCCGGCGGCAACCCGCACUCGAACCUCCUGCACAGGGAGCACCGCGAACACAGCAGACUGCCCCACAUGGGCCACCUGAACUUCAACAACCUGCGCGAGCUCCGCGACGGCUGCGGCUCGCCGCUCAUGCCCAGGCGGAAGCAGGCCCGGCCCAGGAGGCGCUCCGGCGAGCUGCCCCAGGAUCUCAGCCGGCCGCACCCGCCGCCCAGCCUCAGUCCGCCCAGCCAAGGCCUCAACCUCAGCAGCAGCAGCACCAACAGCAGCGGCCACAACCAGCAGCGCGAGCAGCCCCAGUCGGAGCAGCCGCCGCGCUCGCCCUCGAACCACGAGCUCGAGCAGGAGCCGACGAUGCCGGAGGAGGAGGAGGAGGAGGAGGAGGAGGAGGAGGUGGCGGAGAACCUGUCGAUGAAGCGCGAGCUGAAGCGCUCGCUCUCGCCGGCGCCCUCGACCGACGGCCACGCGGUAAAGUCGGAGAGCGAGGCGGCGAGCAGUCCGCGGGGCUCGCCGCUCGCCGCGACGCCCGGCGGCGGCGCGGGCCUGCACCCGGACACCUCCUUCUCGGACCUACCCGCGGCCGGGCUCACGGCCAUGUCGGCGCUCUCGCUGACGCCGCCGCAGCACCACGGCAGCGAGUACCUCACCAGCCUCGGCCAGUUCGCGGCCCAGUGGCUUCCCAACCACCACCACCAGCAGCAGCAGCAGCAGCAGCAGCCGGGCCAGCACCCGAGGCACCCGCGCGACGGCAGCCCCCACGGCGGCAAGCCCGGCAGCGGGGGAGCCCAGGGCCCGCCGCCGCCCGGCUUCCCCUUCCAGCAGGGCGAGUCGCCGCUCGCGGCCCGCGGAGCCUUCCCCGGCCUCGACGGCAUGACGCCGCUGUUCCCGCACGGGCCGCCGCUCGACCUGCACGACAGCUUCAAGCCCGAGAGCUUCCACGGGCUGUUCGUCGGCGCGAGCCUGGGCCACCACCACCCGCACCACCCGGGCAAGAAGCCGAAGAAGCACCGCUCGGACGGCAUCCCGCGCCGCUGGAGCGACCACUCGCGCGGGCUGCCCGUCUGCCGGCCCAAGGGCCAGCACAGCGCGCCGCGCGGCGGCCCGCCCCGCUCCUGGACGAACGCCGACCUCACCGAGGCCCUCACCAUGGUCUGGAACAAGAAGAUGACGACCUCGCAGGCGAGCCGCGUCUACGGCAUCCCCUACAACAGCUUACUCAUGUACGUGCGCGGCAAGUACGGCAAGAGCCUGAAGCUCGAGCAGCUGCGCAGGGACUGCACCGCCGGCGAGGUGCUGAACUCGCUGAACAACAACGCGGUAAAGCAGCUGGACGGCGGAGCGGCGCCCCCGCCGCCGCCGCCCCCGCCGCCGCCGCCGGGCUCGCACCCGCGGCUGCCCCCGCUGCCCCCGGGGCUGCACGAGGCCGAGGCGAACUUCGCGCACCACCCGCUGCUCAGCGGCGGCCUGGCCCAGGGCUUCUUCCCGGACUUCGGCAGCUUCCCCGUGCCGGUGAACAUGGUGCACCUGCUGCCGCCGAGCGAGCAGAAAGCCUUCGAGCCGCCGACGAAGCCCCAGCCGGGCAACAACAGCGCGAGCAACGGACAGCGCGAGCAGAGGCCCGAGGAGCAGCAGCUCAGGAGUCGGAGCCCCUCGCCGGCGCCGGUGAGCCUCGGCGAGGGCCUGAUGCCGCCGCCCGCCCAGUCGGCCCCGGCGCUGCUCCAGCAGAACGGAGCCGACUGAGCCACGCCGACGCGCCGGCAGCCGCCGACCAGCAGCGAUCCUCACACAAGACUGAUCACGCACCGCCAGGGUAACAAGCGCGACGACCUUCCCGCUCUUCUUUCGCCCGCCGCAGCUGAGACCCUGCUCUACUACUACUACUCCGGCUCUUACUGAUUCCUUCGCUCUACACCUCUAUUAUUUAUGCCUAGCCUUAGUUCUUAACCCUUAGUUUUACACCGAUCAUCGUUUCGCGUAUGCGCGUUGUACAGAGAGCGACUCUAUGCGUGCGAUUGUUUUACUUUAGAUUUUAUAAUAGUUUUAUAUUGCAGCGAGCGCGCCGGUUCUGUCCUACACGACGUAGCCGAAACCAUUGUUUGUUGUACAGCGGCCAAAAGACACACUUUAUACUAUCAAAUGCGGCCGACGCGCGACUCCCGCCCUGGCCCAUAAGCAUACGCAAUUGUUAUACACACGUACGACUUUUAUUCCCGUGGUAAUAUUUUUUUAAAGACUCUUUACCUUCGCGGCCAGGACGGGAGUCGCGCGACGAGGAGCCCCGACACUAUACUAUACGCGCGACGACAGUUCCUGCGGUACGAAACACGAGAUUGGAUAUGCGAUGUACCAAAAAUACGAGAGCAAACUCUUGGCCGAGUGACGAGCAAGCUCGCGAAAGGUCCCGACGAAGUUUCCUCUGUUUUUGCAGCUACCGAGCAUGAAUUGUAAAAUGUCGUUCUCUUAUUUGCAUGGCCCGAGCGCGAAAGUCAAUUUUCACCGGCCGACGACGUUGUUGCGCGAUCGAUCGACCUUUUUUUCACCCGUUGCGCGAGUCUUGCACUCGCGUCUUAAUUUAUUCGCGAGCCCAUUAGCGUUGCGGAAAUUUUUGCUCAGCCGGCGUUUUUCUCCGCGGAGAGCUUUUCUUUGCAAAGCCCAAUUGUUUUUCCUUUUCAUCUUUUUUUUUUAUAUUAUUGUUUUUACUUCUGUCUGUGCGAAAUUAUUGUAAAUUGCGAUUAGUUCAAAUUGUACAGGCGAUAUUACGUAGAUGUUAUAAUUAUACGACCGUGGUCGCGGGCCAGGUUUUUAUUCUGAAUCGACUAGCGUGUCUACACGUUUUCGAGUGAUUUUUUUAUGUUUUAUCUUAGCGGACGACGCUUCGUUGAUGUUAUAAUUUAAUACGUGCAAUAAGUGUAAUAUAUGUGUUACUGACUCGAUGAGUUUGGGAAAAAAAUCAAAUGAAAAUCGUCGUCGAUCGAGUUUUGAAAAAUUGAAAAUAAUAAAAAGCUCAAAAAAUUCACGCAACCGAACUGCCGAUCGUUUUUUCUUCUUUUGUUUUCGACUGAGAGGGACUGGUGCAAUAAACGGGGGCCGCAUCUAGAGAUGAGAAAAUAACCGACGACGGGGGGCGCGCUGUGUAAAUACGAGAUAUAUUAUAAAUAUAUUACGGCGAUUUAUCCUUUUGUUUUCCGUUCUUCUCCAUAUCGACAAAUCACACGGGACACGUGCUUAUUUCGAGCGCGACGCGCUCGGAUCCGCGCGCGGCGACUAAUCCAAGAACUGAGGCUACAAUGAAUUUUCUAAUGUUAAAAAAAAGACGAAAAUAAGAAACAAUAAAAAGCGAAAAUUAUUAUAAAAUAGCCGGGGGAGCAGGCCGACGAUUUCGCUCGUUCGGACACGGGCUGUAGAGUCGCGAGGUAUUUUCGCAAACUCCCGCGCGGCCGCAAGCUCGCACGCUUCGUGUGCACGCAUGCACUGGUGUAUGCACGAUGGCACGAGGCCCAGGCCGCUUGGGAGAUCUGCUUGUAAAUCGCAUUAUAGACCAGAAUCUUCGACAACAAUAUUUCGACAACCAGACGGAAGCGCAGGGUAACUAACACAUCAGGGAUAGCCACUGACAAAUCUACGAUAAAUAAAAAAAAAGAAAAAGCUACAUAUUAAACGAUAAAGGUAAAGAAUAAUAAUUCAUUAAAUGAAAGAGGGAGAGAGAGAGAGAGAGAGAGAGAGAGAGAGAGAGAGAGAGCGAGAGAGAGAGAAAUGCGAAAAGUAUAAAGCGCGUACGAUUAUAAUUACGUUUUUGGAUAUAAAUAAAAAUAAUAAUAAAUACAAAAAAGUAGAAAAUCACGAGCGUGCGGGAGACGACAAGGUGUGCGGGAAGCGCAGUAGAUCUUUCCGCGUUAUAUACGUGCCGCGAGAGACGGGUGUGUGUAAGAAGUAAUACGAAUUUCGUUUUCCCUUCUUUUUUCGAAUCUGUGUUCUUCUGUUGAUAAGCGACGAUGUAUAUGAUAAUAUUUAUAGGAUAAAACGAGUGUUCGCGCGGAGCGAUGGUGAGGGAGGAAUAUUAAAAAAUAAACAAAUUAGGAGGCGCAUGCGCGUUUGUGCAAAUAUAUAAGAUAUAUAUAUAUAUAUACGCGGGUUUCGAACGAUUGACACUCGAGAAAGAAAGAGAGCCGUGAGCGCGAUUCGAGAGGAAGAAAGAUAUCGGUACAAUAAGGGAUUAAGUAGACCGCACACAGGCUUUUUCAGCCCCCUCGAGAGAAAAAUGCAGCCUGUACAAUACAAACUGACAUAUUAUUGAUUAUUAUUGAUUAUUAAUACGGAUAAAUAUAUAUGAAAAUAUAAAUGAAUAUUAUUCUAUAUACAGGGUGUUUCGAAAGAGUCUAUGAAAUACGCUAACGACGGCGCGUGUCGCACGCCUCCGCACUUCGAUUUCGCUUUUUUAAUUAAACGUUUCGGCCACCCCACACCGCCGCUUUAUAGACCCCCUGUUAAAACGUAUCGCCUUUGAUCGUGUUUCGACACGCGUCUGUGUAUAUAUAUAUAUAUAUAUGCAAGGACGUCGAGGGCAGAGAGAUAGAGCGCGCGAAAAAAUGCGCUCGGCCCAAUUCGGAAUUUCAUUAAACCCGAGAAAAAGAGUUAGCGCGUGCGAAUUAGAAUUAACGCAGCGAAAAUUUUACUUUUGUUUUCUUUCGUUGAACAGAGCCCAAGGCUAUGUAUGAGUUUAUCGAAAUCGUCGUACGAGUAUUUAGUGUUUAAUGCGUCCGUGUACAUAUUAUGAUCUGCGUUGUGACGUAUAAAGCCGGUGAUAUCCGAUUCGUUUCGAAAUUUUUAACUUUUUUUGCGAGAAUAAUUGUUGUAUAGGCUAUUGAAUAAGUGAUCUCGAUGCAGUGCAGAUCAUUUGUGUUGGUUGUUGAAGGAUAUGCGCACACAUAGAUGAAUAUAUACAUGUACAUUUUUACCUCUUCCAAAGUUUAUUUCGAAAAUGGCGUGUUGAACACCUCAAUAGAAUUGUAUAUUUUUCACCAAAAUAAAAACAGACAAACUUUA